AGUCUCAACCUCAAAGAAGUUUCUGUUUCAUCUACACCUUUGUCUUGGAGCCUUUUAAUAUGAGUGUAUGAAUGAUUUCAUGCUCUCUAUGCCUCAAUCUGGAAGGUGGUCUCACAGUGGGAUUGUACUGAGUACAGCACUGAAUGAUUCUCAGAUACACAGUGACGGUGACAGAAUCAAAGACAUGGCCACAAUCAUCAGUGAAAUGACAAUACAGACCAUCCCACUCCAAAUGGAUAACUAGUUGGACUCUUGGCUUAAACUUCAUGCUUUAUUACCUGGUCAUUCACCAAUAUUGAAGGACAGGGUACAGCUUCUAUGGAAGACUGGCAAAGACUCUUCUAAGAAGAUGAAAUAUGCAUGGAGACCUUUGAUCAGCUUUGGAUUUCAAUAACCUUACUGAACUGAGAGGAAAAGAGAAAUACCAUCUCAGACAAGCUGAGGACCGUCAUGAGGAUCAGUUGAGAUCAUCUAUGUGAAAUCACUUGACAAAAGGCACUUUUAAAAAAAUGAUUUUUUAAAACAUUUAAGAAUGACUCAAAAUAUAAUGUGAUACAUGUACAUGUUUGUUCCAUCGUUAAAUGAACUCAGCAAGAGUUGAAAGAUAUGCCAGACUUGCACCUGUUAUACAAGUCACCUUAGUUUGCACAUAGUUCAAAAUUUAUAGGUCCUCACUUGGGGACUCUGUGCUUCCAAUGAAAACUCAGGAAUUCUACCUUGAACUUUUUUCCUGCUAAAAAGUUCUUCUUAGUUACUUGUUUGUUUUGAGUUCCAUUCCAGAACAUUGUGGUUUCUCCAAGUUUAACAAUUAAUCAAUGAGGCACUGGUGCCCCCCUUUCUGGUAUAUCUACCUUCUGAUAAACUCUAGAUGAGAUAUACUGCAUCAAAACUGGUGCCUCAACAAAGGCUUUGAAAAGUGCCUCAGAGAUCUCUGUCCUUUUAGAAAUCUCUCUCCACCCACCUCUCCACUAAAGAUGGACCUAAAACUAAAAAAUCCUGAGUUCUGGUACAGUUUCCAUGGCCAGAUCCCAGGGCUGCUGGACUGGGACAUGGGAAAUGAGUUCUCCCUUUCUUGCACCACAGACCAGUGCCCCUUAGUUGAGCAGAACCUUGCCAGAUACAGACUUCAAGUAAUGGAGGCUCCAAAAGUACCUCAGGGGAGGGAAUCCAGCCCUGGAAAAGAUCGUCCUAACUCUGAACCCAACCUGUGGAUGUGGGUGAAUCCCAACAUUGCAUGCUCCCUUGGCAGCCGGGGGACCCCAGAGCCCAGAAAGAAAAAGGAUCUUGCACGCAUACGCGUUUCUCGUCAGCUACUCAGAGAUGAAGUAUCUAACUGCUCAGAGGCCACAGUGAUGCAGUCUCUGCCAUCUUCCUCCAGCAAGCAAUCUCCCCUACAGAAGCGGAUCACCUCUUCCUCCAGUGACAGGGAGCUCAUAGAAGAGGAGACCAAGGAAAAAGAUAACAACUCCUCUGUGGUCUGCCAGUCCCCAAACAAAAGGGAGUGCUUCCAGAGCCAGAAGCUAUGGCAAGGCAACAGCCAGGAGGAGAAGUCCUGGCCUCGUCCCCCCCUCAAUUACAGUCACUUAAUUGCUCUGGCACUUAGAAACAGCCCUCCCUGUGGCCUCAAUGUGCAAGAGAUCUACAGUUUCACCCAACAGCAUUUCCCCUUUUUCUGGACAGCUCCAGAUGGAUGGAAGAAUACCAUCCGCCACAACCUCUGCUUCCUGGACAGCUUUGAGAGGACACCAGUCAGCCCUCAGGAUGGGGCCAGUGCAAGGUCAAGGUCUGGCCUCUGGAGGCUUACUGAGGAGGGACACCGCCGCUUUCAGGAGACUCGUGCCUUAGCCUCUGUUAGAAGAGAGAGUAUUCAACAGUGCAUGAGCCAUCCAGAUCUUAUGACUUCCCUCUUUGAGCUUUGAACAACCCCUGCUCCCUUUCUAGAACACUGCCAAUCCUUCCUGUGGCUGCCUAUGCACUGAUUGGCCCUAAGUAGUCCCUAAGCCUACUUGGCCUGGUAGGUGCCAAGCCUGUAUUUAACUACUGCUUCAAGAAUGGUAUUAAAUAAAGUGAGAAGUGGAUACAGAGGAGGAGGCAAAAGCUUAGAAAGUUGUGUAAGGGCAGUGGCAGUUGUUCUGCAUUUUGAGCACAAGGAAAUCUUAGGAAAAACAGCAUGGAAGUUAAGGAGAGAAGAGCAUAUUAAAUGAGAAAAGGAAUUCUGUUUCCUGGAGAGUAUUCUCACACAUGAAAACAAAUGGUGGAGUAUAAAACAUCAAAUUCAAGAUGGAGACAGACCUUUAAGUCUCAGGUGCAAUGUGAAGAUAUAUAAGCAUAAAGAGAACUGGUUUUGAUGUUUAAAGCCUGAAGAUUCAAAUGUCCCCCUUCUACCAUUCAUCAGCUACAUCUCCUUUGUCAGUGAACCAUUUUACCCUUCAGAGCCUUUUUCCUCUUUUUUGAUCCUGGACUUCUCAGCCUUGUUCUGUUGCCAUCCACUUUCAGUACUGAAAAAGAAUUCCAAGCAGAUACUUUUUUACUUUGGAUAUUGAAAGUCCUUGAAUUGAGCUUGUAUUAACCUCAAGCCUUUUGAUGACAAAACUCUGCUUUCAGUUGUCAAACCUUUAUUGUGGAUGGGUGUCAAGGUCCAUCUGAGAUUCUGAGUUUAGUGGGAGACAGACAUAUAAACAGAUAUUUGUAAUAUAAAUAUAAUGAAAUAGAUGUACAAGGUUGCCGUGGAAAUGCGGAGAUAUUUUUUUCCUAAGAAAGGCAUUUUAAAGAAAAUACAUUUUGAGCUAGUUUUGAAGAAUAAACAAGGAUUUUAUGGGCAUAUAAACUAGAGAAAACACGUUACAAAAAGAAAACAUGACAGAAGAAACAGUAUGAACAAAGAAAAUGCAGUGUUUGGGAGAAUGGUAGGAAGUUCAGCACAGCUUAGCUAUAUUAGGGCCAAGAGUUGCAAGAAAGGUGGGCAAGAGGCCUUUCCUCUAUUACUUAGGUGUUUGUCAUGUGGGCUAUUAGGAACUAGGAGGUACAAGUGGUGUUUACUUAAAAUAAAAAUAAAUAAUAAACACUUCAGCAUUUGUUUUUCUAAUUUCAAAAUUCAUUUUAAUAUCAUUUCCAUACAAAUAGCUUCCUUUAUCAGAUUUAAGCAUUUCUUUCUGCCUUUUGUGUUAAUAUAUUGUUAAUAUAUAAUUAAUAUAUUGUUAUAUAUUCUGGUUAUUCUGAAAUAACCAGAAGAAAAUAUAUUACAUUUUAAGUAUGUAUUUAGGUGCAAAACUUUGAGUAAUGGGGAUACAAAAAUGCCUGUAAAACAUAAAUAAGUUUAAGAGUUGUAGAUCAGUUGAAACCUUUACAUUUUUGUGAUGGUCUACUAUAUCUCAUAUAAAACUAGAUCACCAGCCCAGGUUGGGUGCAUGAGACAAGUGCUCGGGCCUGGUGCACU